UCACUCUCGUUAUGGUUCCAUGGUGGUUGGCUGUUGAUGGAGAUAUAACAAAAAAAAGACUAUAACACACUGUCAAGUUCAAGAUUCUCUGCCACUGAACUUCUUUCAACUAAUCACAUGGCUGCAAAGCUUCUGCAUACAUUGGCAGAUGAAAACUCUGAUCUGCAGAAGAAGAUUGGAUGUAUGAAUGGGAUUUUCCAACUCUUUGAUCGCCACAACCAUGUUCGUAAAAGUCUUGCUUUAGGUAAUGCACAUGUCAAUAGUAUCAACUUUGAAAGAGACUCUUCGUUUCAGUUUCAGGACACCAACAUUAUUAAUGCUACGAGCGAGAAACUAACAGAAUCUUCAAGGGUUUCUUUCUCAUCGUCCUGUUCAUCAUCUUCCCUGUUGUCAUCUGAGCUCAACAGAGAAGAAACUCAGCCUGAAAUAUCACCCUAUGACCGUGUCAUUUUUCCAGAGUCUCCCACGAGUGAUCCAGUGAUGAGCCGAGGAAAAGGGUUUGCCGCACAUAUGGGACUUGAUCUUAGAGAUGUUGUUAGAGACUCUAUGUAUAGAGAAGUCAAAGCGCUUUCUGAAGUUUGUAGACACAAGAGAAGAGAGGAGGAUUCUCCAAGACCUUAUGGUUUGAAGCACUCCACGCCUGUUGAUUUCAACGAAUCAUGCAAGGCUCUAGCCAAACUUAGGACAACAUCUCAGCGUUGUUACAACGAGGUUGACAUGAAAGAUGCAUCUCACAACAAGUUUAAAUCAGGGAAGAAGGUGAAAGAGUCUCCUAAGCUUUCGUUGGACAGUAGAGACCACGUUGAUCUCAAAGCUGGUGAUAGCAAGCUUAGUAGAAGCUCUACCAUGAACAAACGGCCUCCUAGUGUUGUUGCAAAGCUAAUGGGUUUGGAAACAUUACCUGGCUCUCCAUUGGGCUCACCAAGAAGCUUGCGGAAGGACACAGCUUCUUCUUCUUCUUCUCCAAGAUGGAGAAGCUCUGAGUUUGUUAUGAAACCCUUAUCAAGUUUGAGAUUCCCCACUGAGCCAGCUCCAUGGAAGCAAACUGAUAGAAGAAGCCUUACUAAGCACAAGCAAGCCUGCAAGCCUCUGUCGCAGCCAAUGGAGAAAAGGUUGAAAGGUGUUGAGAUUAAUCAUCCCAAAAAGGAUCUCAGAGCUCUUAAUGAGAUAUUAGAGGCAAUGCAGACAAAAAGUGUCUUUGGUUCUAGAAAGCAGCCACAAUGCUCAAACUCAAGAGGUCUAAAGAAUCAGGUGAUGCCAUCCACUAUGAGAGGACCUAUAGUGAUUAUAAAACCUGCAAGACUUGUUGAGAGAUCUGGUAUCCCUUCAUCAUCUCUGGUUCCUAUUCACAGUCUAUCUGUUCUUAAUAGAGAAAAAAAAGAAUCUGUGCAUGUUAAAAGAAACUCAACUAGUAAGAAGGCGGCAAAAGAUGGUAGUAUCAGUUCUGUUGAUAGCAAAUCUAGUAGCAGAAACGUGCGGUCUUCUCAGCUUUCCAAAGAAAGCACAAGUCCAAGACUGCGUCAGAUGAAGAAGCAUGAGCAUGAAAAGCGUUCCAGGCCACCAACCACUCCAUCUGAUUCAAGCAAAUCAAGAAAACAAACAAACCGACAACCGGGAGAAUCUACUACUAAUAAUCCUGGUGGUAGGAGUAGACCCAGGGCUCAGAGGAUCUUGCAGAAAACUGAAGCCACCAUGAUAAUCAAACAAGCAACUGAAGCAGGUGAUGGAAAGAGUCCAACUGUAAUAGAGGCAGCCAAAACCGUAGUCUCUAACUUAAUGCAGACUGUGAGUGAUGAACAUUGCGAAGAGGAAGAGCAGUGGAAUCCAGCUUACAGCUUCUCAGAGACAACAACAACAACCACCUUAUCACCGGAGAUAAACCGAAAGAAGCUUCAGAACGUUGAGCACCUGGUUCAAAAGCUGAAAAGACUAAACUCUAGCCACGACGAAACCAGCCAAGACUACAUUGCAUCGCUAUGCGAGAACAAUGAUCCCAACACCGAUCAUAGAUACAUAUCCGAGAUUCUGUUAGCCUCAGGUCUUCUCCUCAGAGACCUAAGCUCAGAGUUAACGACGUUUCAGCUCCACCCUUCAGGCCACCCUAUCAACCCUGAGCUAUUCCUCGUUCUUGAACAAACUAAAGGAAGAAGCAGCGGUUAUGAGAAGCUCAACCGGAAACUUGUGUUCGAUGCAGUUAAUGAAACGCUCGUGAAGAAGUUAGCUAUUAAAGAUCCAUGGAUGAAGAGGAAGGUGUUAAGCGCGCAACAGCUAUUGAAAGAAGUAUGUUCAGAGAUAGAAACAGUGAAAAAGAAAGCUGAGAAAAGAUCAGGUAACUUGCUGUUGUUGGAGGAACAAGAAGAGGACUUCUUGAAAUGUAUAUUGGAUGAAGAUGUAAGGACUCGAUCUGAGAAAUGGACAGACUUUGAUGACGUAGUACCUGGUUUAGUGCUUGACAUAGAGAGGCUUCUCUUCAAGGAUUUGGUGAAUGAGGUCGUGCAUGGUGAGAUUGGUCGGCUGCAACUAGUUACUGAUUCAUAAGCUCGUGUGUUUGAUCUCUGUAUUCUAAAGCCGUAUAUAUAUAAAUAAUACAAAAGUCAAAUGUCAUGAAAACAUUACAACUUCAAUAUAAAGGCUAUUUACAACUUCA